AUGUCUCCCCUCCAGUCAGGAAUCAACACUCUUCCUCUCGUGAUUGCCAUCCUCAUAUUCUCUGCUCUCACGGGGCGCUUCAUCUCCUGGUGGGGGCCCUAUACGCCGGAGGGCCCUCGUACUCUUUGGAUCCCCUCACUUGUCCUGCUCGGAAUAGGCUCUGGUAGCGGCGUGCCUACCCCAUUCAUUGCCCCUCAGACCGUCCUUGACGUGCAUGAUCUAUAUGCAGGGAUGGCUCUGAUGACAUUUUCUCAAGACCUUGGUGGAGCCAUCUUCAUCAGCAUUGCCCAGGCAAUUUUCCUCAAUCGCCUUACGACCCAUCUACAGUAG